AUGACAGAGUUGCAAGAUACUAUUUGCCUGUUAUGCAGCGCUGCUCGCUCUGUGCCUCACACCGGACUAGACCCCCAUCUGGCUGACGGUCUAAACAAUAAUUUUUCGGAUUCGUCUGGCACGAGGUUCGCACCUCAUGAGGACGCAUUGUUUCUUGUUCUCCUCAGUAUAGAGAACAAUAUUGGCGAGUGCCUCGAAUUGCUCCGCAUCCUGGCCCGUAGGACCAAUAUCACCACACAGGAACAAUUGACACAUUCCACCACAGCCGGUACAAGCUCGGCUCCUCGAGCUUCCAGCACCAUCCCGUGCUUGCGACGUGAAGACGCGGCCAUUGGCAGCCAUGGCCCCUUACAUACACCCCCUAUCCCGGGUCUGUACCGUGACCAGUGGGCCCAGUCACCGACGGUCUCGCCACCGGCGUCCAUGGCUUUCUGCCAAAGCUGCCCUCGAAGCUUCCCACGUUCACUAGCGUCUUCUCCGGCUUCAGAAAUGAGACCGCCUCACACCAGCAAUCCCACCACCGACGACCCAGAGGCGACGGCCCGUGAUGGUCAAUACGCUGCGCGGGUAGACAGCGACAGCGAGGACGGAGGGUGGCUUGAUAACGGGCCUGAGAGCCACCUGGGUGGGGCCAGGAGUCGAUGGGGCUGA